CUCUGCCUUUGCCCUGUCUGCUCUUGAGAUACAAGUCAACCGUGUUCCAGGACAGAGCUGAUGUAAAUAUAUUGAAGGGGAAAAACAAACAAAAAAUGGGAGGAUCAGAAUCAAAGUCAGUGCAACAAGUGACCCAAUCAAUAGUGCAUCAAUCAAAACCAAAUCCAGAACUGGAUAAACCAUGGAGGAAAUUCGACUGGGGACAGAAAGAAGCUCUGAAAAAGAAGCUGGAAAACUUCUCUCCGAGUGAUCCAAAUGUAAACGACAUCAAGAUCCUGGUAGCUGGACAAGUUGGAGCAGGAAAGUCCAGCUUUAUCAACUCCAUCGAUAGUGUCUUUCAAGGACGGAUCUGCUCUAGAGCACUAGUUAAUACAGCUGAUGGUGACAGUCGUAGUUUCACACAAAAGCUCAAAGGAUUCCCCAUCAGAAGUGGGAGAAAAACUUUGCCUUUCGUCUUCAAGGAUAUAAUGGGCUUAGAAGCUGAAGCUUUGGCUGGGUCACAAACAGAUGACAUCAUCAAUGCUGUGUUUGGCCAUGUGAAGGACGGCUAUAAAUUCAAUGAGGAGCAGGCACUCACUUAUAAGGAUCAGCAUUACACCAGUGACCCUACCCUCUCCGAUCAGGCUUUCUGCCUGGUUUACGUCAUAGCCGCAGAUACAGUCCAAUUCACAGAUGAUAGACUUAUUGACAAGUUGAAGAUCAUCCGCAAGAGAAUCAGUGAUAAGGGGAUUCCUCAAGUGAUUGUCCUGACCAAAGUGGAUGAAGUAUGUCCGCUGGUCAACAAGGAUCUAAGGAAGAUCUACACUAGCAAGAAGAUCAAAGAGAAGAUGGAGUUGUGCAGUGCUAAACUGGGUGUGCCAUUGACAAACAUCUUCCCAGUGAAGAACUACCAUGAUGAGAUUGACACAGAGGAUGACAUUGAUGUUCUGACACUGAAGGCACUUGAACAGAUUGUUCAGAUUGCAGAUGAUAGAUUGUUGGACAACUUCUGACAAAAUCAAAAAUAUACAGUUAUUAAUGCAUAUAAAUCACAUCACAAAAUCACAUAUAAUGCAUUUGGAGUGGGUCAUUCUUUGAAUUUCUUCAUCAGAGGAACAUCAUUUUAGGAAGAUCAUGGAUUAAAUGACUAUAGAGAGGAUUAUGUUUUGUGUUUGGUUUUACAAUUAUAUCUACAGUCGGGUUCAAAAUCAAUGAAAAUCUAGGACUCAAAAUCUAAUGUAAACCUGAAAAUUAAAAGAAAGAUUCAGAAUUUGAAAAUUGUUUAAAAAAAUGUAUGAUGUAAAAUCUUUCUCCAUUUAACAAUAUUAAAACUUUUAAAACACAUAAAUAAAUAAUAUGGGAAUAAUGCAGUGACACUACAUUUUGUGUUUUAGAUUCUUCAAAACAUUUAUGAACAAAAUAACUUUUGCUUAUUGAGAUGUGUUGAAUAAAUCCCAUUUAAUCUUGAA